AUGAAGAUGGAGCAGUACCUGGUGAGAUCGAUUCCCAAUAGUGGGGAAGUGUUUUCAAAAGAGAGGAAAUCCACAGCAGCUCAUCAUCCUCUUCGUUUCUCAAGGUCUGCAACAAUGGAGACGUUUUUGUUCACAUCCGAAUCCGUUAACGAAGGCCACCCAGACAAGCUCAGCGACCAGAUCUCCGACGCCGUCCUUGACGCCUGCCUAGCACAGGACCCAGACAGCAAGGUUGCUUGUGAAACUUGCACCAAAACGAACAUGGUAAUGGUUUUUGGUGAAAUUACAACCAAAGCUAACAUCGAUUACGAGAAAAUCGUCCGUGAUACUUGUCGCGAGAUCGGAUUUGUUUCCGAUGAUGUGGGUUUAGACGCCGACAACUGCAAAGUACUCGUCAAUAUUGAGCAACAAAGCCCCGAUAUCGCCCAGGGUGUCCAUGGUCACUUAACAAAGAAGCCGGAAGAAAUCGGCGCCGGUGACCAAGGUCAUAUGUUUGGUUACGCCACCGAUGAGACCCCUGAGCUCAUGCCGCUCAGCCAUGUUCUUGCGACCAAACUUGGAGCCCGAUUAACUGAAGUUCGGAAAAACGGGACCUGCACCUGGCUCCGCCCCGACGGGAAAACCCAGGUCACCGUCGAGUACUUCAACGACAAAGGAGCCAUGGUUCCGAUACGCGUCCACACCAUUCUGAUAUCGACGCAGCAUGAUGAAACGGUCACCAACGAUGAGAUUGCCGCUGAUCUGGAAGAGCAUGUGAUCAAACCGGUGGUUCCGACGAAUUAUCUCGACGAGAAGACAAUCUACCAUUUGAACCCGUCUGGACGUUUUGUAAUCGGUGGACCUCACGGUGACGCUGGUCUUACCGGUCGGAAAAUCAUCGUUGACACCUACGGUGGUUGGGGUGCUCAUGGCGGUGGUGCUUUCUCCGGGAAGGACCCAACCAAGGUGGACCGCAGCGGUGCUUACAUUGUCAGGCAAGCUGCCAAGAGCAUUGUGGCUUGUGGGGUCGCAAGAAGGGCCAUUGUUCAAGUCUCGUAUGCUAUUGGUAUCCCUGAGCCAUUGUCGGUUUUUGUGGACACAUAUGGAACAGGGAAGAUUCAUGACAAAGAGAUUUUGAAGAUUGUGAAUGAGAACUUUGAUUUUAGGCCUGGAAUGAUCUCGAUUGAUCUUGAUUUAAAAAGAGGUGGUAAUGGGAGGUUCUUGAAGACCGCUGCUUAUGGACAUUUUGGUAGGGAUGAUCCCGACUUCACGUGGGAGGUGGUGAAGGACCUUAAGUGGGUUAACCCUCAAGCUUAAGAUAAUAUUGAUUCGAUGAACUCCCUAAAACUAAAACUAAUCAAUGUUGUCUUGAAGGUUUACUUAUCUUAUGGGUUUAGGAUAUAGCAUUUUAUUUGGUCUUAUUAACUUAUUUGGUUUGUGGCAUUCUAUGCUUGUUUACUAUAUGGUUUGGUUUGGUUUUGUUUGUUGCUUUAUAAUAUGAAUCUUAGAAUCAAUGGUGAUCCCUUAUAGUAUAUC